CGAUUAUUCAUGUAGCACGCUUCCGGUUCCAGAGGUCCGCUUUGCGUUCCAGCUCAAUUUAAGCGGAUGGAGAGCAGUGAUCAUGAGGUGUGUCCCUCCGAGGGCUGCAAGGAUCGGGUGGGGUUGGUUUCCGAGGACGGCAAGAACAGCAAGUCGGUGGUGUGUCAGCGAUGCAGCUCUAAGGUGCUGAGUCCCGGUUCGGCGCAGUUCACCGAGAAGGAGCUGUUUUUGCCAUUCAUGCGGAAGAAGACUGGCAUUGUUGAAGCCAAGGGCAUCGUGGAUGGUGACACGCUGACUGCACACUGGCUGGUAGACGACAUGUACACCUUUGAGAAUGUAGGCUUCACCAAGGACGUGGGCAAGGUUAAAUACCUGAUAUGUGCAGACUGUGAGAUUGGCCCCAUCGGCUGGCACUGCCUCGAUGACAAGAAAAGCUUCUAUGUGGCACUGGAGAGAGUUAGCCAUGUUUGACCUGCUGGUGAAGACUGAGCAGCACUAGUUAGGAUGAGAGGUGUUGGGGGGAGUGGGAUUGGAACCUAAAAGAUAUGCACUCUUAUUUUAGCUGGCUAUCAAGUGCAGUUUUGGUGUGGUCUGUUGCUCUGUUCUUCUGUCAUUGGUUUAUUGACCAUAAGGCUUGUCACUGGCUCAGUAAUCACAAGACUUCCACUUUGCUUAUUUGUCCUUGCCUGUGUUUCAUCAGUGUUGCUCUUCAUUCACUCUGAAAAUGUAAAGAAGGUUUUGCAUUUUUUGGGGAUUUAAUUUCUAAAAUGGUGACUCUGCAUCUAAUUUCUGAACUUCAUUAAUUUAUAUGUAAAAUAUUUCUGCUAUCUGUAUUUACAGACAUGAGGUAAUUCAUUUUAAUGCUGAUCAUUCAAGAUCAGUUUGCCUCUGCAUCAGACUUUAUAAAUGCACCUGCCCCAUUUGUUUGCCUGAAUGUGAACUACACUUCAUAGUUUGGUCUCUCAUGGACCAUCCAAUCUGUACAGCUCUGCAUAAGUGCAUGAGUACAUGGGCAAGUGAAACUGGCUUACUUGUGAGGUUGGGGCAUUUCCCCAAGAUGUUAUUCUGUGGCCCUGAUGUCCUGGGGGUGGUGUUGCUUUACUUUGGACUCAGAGGCUGGGCUUUAUAUUGGAUCUUUAACUCCAGUUGUAAUGACACAGCAACAUAUCCCAACAGUUAAGGCCCCUGACAAUCGCUUUCUCAGUUCCCUCCCCUGAGUACAUAUUUGCCCCCCACCCCCAUGUCUGCAC